AUGGAGAUGCGCCCCGUUCUCGUGGCGAUCUGCCUCCUCCUCGUCACCCCCAUCACCGGCUCUUUCUGGACCGUAGGAAGCCAGCUGGUGAUGGAUCCGAUGCUGGUCUGUAAGAAAACAAGACGUUUAAAGGGGAAGCUAGCUGACAUUUGUCGUAAGGAGCCAUCUUUGUUGAAAGAAAUCGCGAAGGGUGUUCAAGUGGGUACUAGGGAAUGUCAAUACCAAUUCCGAAAUCGAAGGUGGAACUGUACGACCGUUAGGAGAUCUCUCAAGAAGAUUCUGCUCCGCGAUACGCGAGAGACGGGUUUCGUGAACGCCAUCACCGCCGCUGGAGUUACUUAUGCGGUUACCAGAGCCUGCACUAUGGGUGACCUCGUGGAAUGCUCCUGCGAUAAGAUGACGUCGAAGGGUAAUCGUCUAGCUAAAUUUGCUCGUACGGUCGAAGCAAAGAAAAGUUUGCCGACGGAAGGAGACUGGGAAUGGGGAGGAUGCGGCGAUAACGUAAACUUUGGCUUUAAAAAAUCCCGGGAAUUCAUGGAUGCUCCGUAUCGUAAAAGAAGCGAUAUUAAAACGUUGGUAAAGCUUCACAAUAACGACGCUGGUCGUCUGGCCGUACGCAACUUCAUGAGGACCGAAUGCAAGUGCCACGGGCUGUCUGGCUCCUGUACGGUGCGCACUUGUUGGCGCAAGAUGCCGCCGUUUCGGGAAGUUGGCAACCGCCUGAAGGAAUCCUUUGACGGCGCGGCCAAAGUCAUUCCCAGCAACGACGGCCACAGUUUUAUUACUGAGGGUCCCACGAUCAAGCCGCCCGGUAGAUUCGACUUGAUCUACAGCGAAGAUUCGCCGGAUUUCUGCAAGCCGAAUAGGAAGACUGGCUCCUUAGGUACGACAGGUCGUCAAUGUAAUUCGACUAGUCCUGGAGUCGAGGGCUGUGAGCUCCUCUGCUGCGGUAGAGGCUAUGACACCAGAAUCGUCAAGGAGAAGGUUAAUUGUCAGUGCAGGUUCCGGUGGUGUUGCGAGGUCACGUGCAAUACGUGUCUCGUCAAGAAGACUGUCAACACUUGUCGCUAG